GAACUACAUUCUUGAAUUCCUUAGUUCUGUUCAUCAGAAGGUCAGGCAGGCAAUUUAAAAUAGGCUGCAUAUAAUUAUUAUAAAAAGGCUCCUUUCGGUGUACAAGUGGAAGUAGAACUUGUCUCUUUCAAUCCCUGGGAAAGGAGUGUUUUCUGCCCAACCUGUGAGCAUAAAUAAAGUGCAAAAAGGUUGUAAUGGUUUGCACGGGAUACCUAUAGUUUCAACUGCUUUCUGAUGGUAUCAUCUAGCAACCUUUUAUCACAUAUCUUCAUUCUUCCAAGGGUAUCUACUUCUCCACCCUUUUUUCUCCAUGGACAGUCUCUUGGUGGAAUGAAACUGCUGAAUGCCUAUAUGGAAAAAUCAAGUGAAGAAGCUAUGAAUACGAUUUGUCCCGGAAAGCUGGACUUCAAUUUGCCACUCUUAUCAACUAGGCGGCUCGGUGUUUGCCCUGGUACAAACUCACAUAUCUCUUCUCAGGAUACAGGCGAUAGGAUUCCAUUUUGCUGGGAACAAGCUCCUGGCAAGCCCAAGAACCUGGAGAGCUCUGGCAUCCAUGACGGAGACACUCCCCGUCCUAAGCUACCACCGUGUAGAUGGCAGCCACAGAAAGAAGCAAUCGCAAAUGAUGUGAACGUUCACGACCAUGAUGAUGGUUGCGAUGCUGAUGUUGAUGACAAUGGCGAUGCUGAAGAGGAGGAUGAUGUGUAUUCAGAUGCUAUAGAUGUGCUAUCACUAACAGAAGCAAUAGACAUUGUCCAGAAAGCUGAGGAUGACUAUGGAAUGGAUAGGUUAAAUUUAGAGAGUUUGGAGUCCAGGGGUAACCAGUCACCGAAUUUCAUGAUCGAACGCUUUCUUCCUGAUGCUACUGCAUUAGCUGCAUCAUCUGCAUUAUAUUCUUCAAAGAAUUUGAACAGGAAGCUUCCUUAUUUUUGCAGCAAUUAUGCAGAGGAAUAUACUUCACAAACAGUUGGAGGAUCAUAUUCUUCAGAGGCAUCCCAGAAAGGGUGCGGGCUAGAACUUUUGUUUCCCUGGCGCAUGAAGCACAAGUUAUGCGGUGUAAAGAGCCCCGUGCGGCAAGUCUCACCGAAUGUGCGAACUCUAUCUCUAUGUACUUUAAAACAAAGCAAACAUUGUUCAACUGCUAGGCCUUUUGCCCAUGCAAAGAAAGAUAUUUAAUUUAUAAAUUACAGAUUCUCUCAUAAAAAUUUAGUUUCUUCAUGUUUUUUAGUAUUUUUUUUUUCUUAAAAAAAUAUGUUUCAUGACAGCGAACAAUAUAAAUUUAGAUUAAUUUACUACUUUAAAAAAAAUUAAUAAAUAAUAUUGUGAAAAAUAUUGCAUCUU